GCAGAUUGGACCACCAGGCGAGGGACAUGAGGCUCCGAGUGGCCAUCUCAUGUCAGAGCGCUACAGAUGGGGCAGGCGACAUGCGUUCUCCUCAGAGUCUCCGUUCCCAAUAGAUUAUAGAUGUCAGGACCAAAGCAAGUAACCUCGCCACAUUUUACUAGUGGAAACGAAGGGUUAGCACACGCUGACACAGGUAUAUACAGCGCGCCCAAGGCACAGUGUGGCAGGCCGCAUUCCACCCAGCUCUACCAGCAUGUGCCCGAGACUCGCUGGCCCAUCGUAUACUCGCCUCGUUAUAACAUCACCUUUAUGGGCCUGGAGAAGCUGCACCCGUUUGAUGCUGGGAAAUGGGGCAAAGUCAUCAAUUUCCUGAAAGAGGACAAGUUGCUGACUGAUGGCAUGCUGGUGGAGGCGCAGGAGGCCUCAGAUGAGGACCUGCUGGUGGUGCACACGAGGCGUUAUCUCAACGAGCUCAAGUGGUCUUUUGCUGUCGCCACCAUCACCGAAAUUCCUCCUCUCAUCUUCCUCCCCAACUUCCUGGUGCAGAGAAAGGUGCUAAGGCCUCUCCGGACCCAGACAGGAGGAACCAUAAUGGCGGGGAAGCUGGCUGUGGACCGAGGCUGGGCCAUCAAUAUUGGGGGCGGCUUCCACCAUUGCUCUAGCGAUCGGGGCGGCGGCUUCUGUGCCUACGCAGACAUCACGCUGGCCAUUAAGUUCCUGUUUGAGCGAGUGGAGGGUGUCUCCAAGGUCACCAUCAUUGACCUUGAUGCCCAUCAGGGCAAUGGACACGAGCGGGACUUCAUGGGGGACAAGCGUGUGUACAUCAUGGAUGUUUACAACCGCCACAUCUACCCCGGGGACCGCUUUGCCAAGCAGGCCAUCAGGCGCAAGGUGGAGCUGGAGUGGGGCACAGAAGAUGAGGAAUACCUGGAUAAAGUGGAGCGGCACAUGGAGAAGGCGCUGCAGGAGUACAUGCCCGAUGUCGUGGUGUACAACGCCGGCACUGACAUCCUUGAGGGCGACCGCCUUGGCGGGCUCUCCAUCAGCCCAGGGGGCAUCGUGAAGCGAGAUGAGCUUGUGUUCCGGGUGGUUCGCGGCCACCAGGUGCCCAUCCUUAUGGUGACCUCGGGCGGCUACCAGAAGCGCACAGCCCGCAUCAUUGCCGACUCCAUCCUUAACCUGCACAGCCUUGGGCUCAUCGGGCCCGUAUCUCGUGACGUCUCAGCUCAGAGCUCAGACACACCACUGCUUCCGCCCACAGUGCCCUGACCCCUGCUGCCCUCCUAGCGGCUCUGGCCUCCCUCCUGCCCUGCUCCCCUGCUGCUUUUCGUCUUCUAACUUAGGUGGGCGGGUGCGGGUGGCAGCCUCCAGCGAGCUGGGAAGGGCAAGGUGAGAUAGGGACAGUCCCUUGCUGGGCCACCUGAGGGACCUCGCGCUGGCAGCCCAGGGUCUUGGCUACCCUGGGUGGGAACAGAAGACGGAGUCUGAGCCCUAGAAUGGCCCCCAUGGGGUCGCUGGUGUGGCUUGGCCUGGAGACGACAGGCCAAGGUGUGGAGAGCAGAAAGGAAUAGAUGCAUCCCAACAGGCCCCUGGGGUUGGGGUGUCCUGGAUGGGGGAUGUGGCAGAUGUGGCUCUCAGCUCCUCCCUCCAGCCUUUCUGUCACUGGCGUCUACCCUGCUUUCCUGAAGGACUGGGGGAGUCAUGGGUGCUGCGGGAGCUAGACCUCCUGGACUCUGACCACUCCCUACCU